AUGAAUACCUGCGAGUUAUGGUUGGUUGAUGAAAGUUGUCAAAAAGACGUUGAUGAGAACAAAUUAUCAAAUUAUUGUGAGAAAAAAGGAAAAUGGGCAAAAAUAAAAAUCACAGAUGACAUUGUUGAAACAACGGAUAAACUCGAAGCAGAAACUGACUAUGAAGAUGAUGUGGCAGCAAUAGCUGACCACGUGAAUUCAAGGCCUGGAAGAAACCGUCGCUCAAUAUGCCGACGCCGUCCGAAUGAGGUUGAAGACGAUGAAAGUCUUGAAUUUGAUGUCGAUUCAUUUAUCAACAAGAAUUCAUGA